AUGUAUACAGGUACACCAGGAGGAUGUCAUUCUAAAGACUUCCUUGACAAAACUAAUUCUGAAUUUACUGCAUUCCAGUCAGUUACUGUUAGUCAUGUUUGUCUUUUAUUACGUGAACUGUCUGGUAGCAAAACUACUGACCUGGAUAAAAUAUCCAGCAAGAUAAUCAAAAUUGCUGCACCAUUAAUUUCCGAUUCAUUGACUUACAUCUUUAAUCAAGCAAUAACUUUAUGUACUUUUCCACAUGAAUGGAAAAUUGCAAGAGUAAUUCCCCUUUUUAAGAAUGGCAAACGAAACUUGCCAGGAAAUUAUCGACCAAUUUCUGUGUUGCCAGCCAUUAGUAAAAUUAUGGAACGUAUCCUAUAUACUCAACUUUAUGAAUAUUUGAGUGCAAAUAACAUACUUUCUGAACAUCAAUUUGGUUUCAGAAAAUUUCAAUUCAUUCAACUGCAACAGCUUUACUUGAUUGCACAAAUGAUUGGUACAUAAACUUAAUAUUCGCUAGUUCAGAGGAAAGGCAUAAAAAACUUUUUAAUUUGGUUGUAUUUGUAGACCUAAAAAAAGCCUUUGAUACUGUUGACCAUGAGAUCUUAUUGCAAAAACUAAAACUAGUUGGAAUCACAGGAAGUGCAUUUCUAUUACUCAAAUCAUACUUAACUGGUCGUACUCAAAGAUGUGAAGUCAAUGGAUCUAUUUCAGGGGAAAACGACGUCAAAUGUGGUGUACCCCAGGGGUCUAUAUUGGGGCCACUAUUCUUCUUACUCUAUAUUAAUGAUCUACCUGCAUGUCUGAGUAAAACAAAACCACGGCUGUUUGCUGAUGAUACAAAUAUCACAGCAGCUGGAGAAUGCUUAAGUGAUCUUGAAGAUGCAGUAAACUCAGAUUUAGAAAUGCUUCGUAAAUGGCUCAUAGCAAACAAACUGAGCUUGAAUGUGACGAAAACUGAAUUUCAAAUUAUUGGUACUAAACAGAUGCUGAAGAAAUCUUCUGUUCAGCAACUUAAAAUUCACAUUCAAAACAUACCCAUAAAGCAGGUUUUUCAAUGUAAAACACUAGGUGUGACUGUUGAUGAAAAUUUGUGUUGGAAGAGCAAUACAGAUAAUAUAUGUAAAAGAUAUCAUCUGGAAUAUACGCUCUCAAAAGCAUUGAAGAAAAUGUUGAUAAAAAAAAACACUCGUUUCUGUAUACAAUGCUAUAAUUCAACCAUACUUUAG